GAAACGCGUAGUCUUGGUCGUUUGUCUGCGUUCGUGAAUUAUAUAGGAAAGUACAUUUUGUCCAAUAGAAAAGAGGCUUCUUUAUAUUGAAACCACGUAUACUUAGUAACUAGAUGUAGAGAAUGAGCAUACUUUGAUAAGUUUUCUGUUUUCCGUUAGUGUUGGUUUUGUUUCGAUGUUUGAAAGUACUUAUUUUAGUGUAAUAAAGCCUGGAAAUACUUUCAAUUUAUAAUAAAGGUGUGUAUAUUCAAGUUGUUUAUGUGCCUUAUACUGAAGAUGUACAAUAUCGGUAAGUAUAGUUAUCUCGUAUACUGACGUGCAAGACUUCGUGAUUCCUAUAAAAACAAACACUUUUUCAUCUGUCUACUCAUUUACCAACGUUAGUUAUGAAGAUAAUGGUUUUAUGACGAAAUAAAACUGAAACAAUGUAGUUUGUUGAACCUGCUAACCAGAAAGGUGGAACGAUCUGAUAAUUUGACAUGUAAAACUGAUACGUAAUCGAAAAGGUGUACUUACUAACGAGGAAGGUGUGGAGAUCUGUUAGUUUGACAUGUAAAAUAGACUUGUGAUCGAAGUGUCAUAUUUGUUAACCAGGAAAGUUGAACGACCUGAUAAUUUGACAUAUAUAACUGAUUUGUAAUUGAAGUUCCAUAUGUUAACCAUGAAAGUGCAACUUAAAAAACCGAAGCCGAGUUGAAUAUUAAUCCGUCUUAGUUAACCGGUUCUUUUCAAUGAAUUAGAAAACUCAAGCCAAGCGACCAAGACCACUCGUCUCCUCCUCCUUGUGGGCAGUAGAAUUUUUGGUUUGAAUUUUCACUCUUUCAUGACAGUUAACGUGUGUACUAAGGAUAACACAAUCCCCACUUCUCCCUCGUACUCGCCAAUGGAUCGGCGUCAUUCCUCUCAGCCAUCAACAGUGUCUGGGUCGGCAGCCAUGGGUGGACUGGACCGGGACAUCUGUAGAAUCUGUCACUGCGAAGGAGACUCGGAGAUGCCACUCAUUUCUCCUUGCUUCUGUGCAGGAAGUCUACGCUACGUCCACCAAGGCUGUCUCCAACAGUGGAUCAAGAGCUCCGACACUCGGUGCUGCGAGCUGUGCAAGUUCGAGUUCAUAAUGCACACAAAAAUUAAACCGUUUCGGAAUUGGGAGAAGCUGGAGAUGUCACCAGUAGAACAACGGAAGGUCCUGUGUUCUAUAACAUUUCACGUUGUUGCCAUUACGUGUGUAGUGUGGUCCUUAUAUGUGCUAAUCGACCGUACAGCAGAAGAAAUGAGAUCUGGAAUAUUAGAGUGGCCAUUUUGGACAAAACUUAUUGUUGUUGCAAUUGGCUUCACAGGAGGGUUAGUUUUCAUGUAUGUUCAGUGCAAAAUGUAUGCCCAGUUAUUCAAACGAUGGAGAAGCUUCAAUCGAAUUAUUUGUGUUCAAAACGCUCCAGAGAAGGCGGCAAUGGCUGCAGGACUCUCUCCUGCGAAUAAAGGAUUUACGACCCCGGGAGAGAAGGGUGUAUCCCCAGUAGAAGAAUUUCAUAGCUGUGACUGUGGCAGUAUAAAUUCCGUAGAGAGUAAUGGUUUUAUUGAACCACUACCAGAUGGCGCGACUGCUCCCGGAAAUGACGUUUCUAUAUCGGGAGACGAUUUGCUUCCAGUGACAAUUGUUAAAGAAACUCCAUUGAAUACGGAUUGUAAUAAAGAAUCAAAUAGUUCUUUAUCGGUAAGUUAAACAGCUUAUUAAACAUAAAAACUUGUACUACCUUAGUUCUCAACUUAUUGAGUUAUGCUGUUUAAACAAAAACAAAAAUAACUUGCUAAAAUCACUGAACAAUCUUCUGAAGAAGAACAUUUUGGUACUUCAAGUAAAAAUGCCAAGGUGCUAAGUGAUAUUGGACGAUGAGUUUUAAUGUAUAUUGAUGACAAAAGUAAAUAAAGGAAAGAAACAACUUAUUCUUUAAAAGUGAAAUCGAAUAAUGUACUGUUUUGGUCAAGAAUUGUUCCGUUGUAGCUUCAUUUGGAUAUUUCACCACUAUGUGUAAAUAGUGAAAAGUGUAAAUAAGGAAGGGCUAUAUAAAUCAGUAUCUGCAUAAUAAAGUGAUGAUGUUAUUUAAAACAAUAAACAUCGAAAAUAUGAAUCGUUAUUUAAUGUAGUAGGGGUGUGCAUGCGUACUUGCAUACAAGAGCGUCUGUUGAAAACAAUUGGGGAAGCUAUUUGUAAUUUCAGUUAGACAUUUUUUAGGGCAUGUUACCACUGAGGCGUUUUUUUUUCUUUUUGUAUUCAGUACGGUUCUAUUCGUUUGCAGAACAGCGUGAACAGCAAAGUUCAAUUGGCCAACGAAUCGAACCGAACUGAAUCCACCAGAAGGGGUGGUCUCAGUCCAUUUGGUAAAAGAACUUUGUUUCGUUUUAAAAAAAAUUAAUAUAAACAUUGGACAGUUUCGGAGAGUGCUGACAAAAAAAGGAAGUAAACAACGAACUUGGCACCUUGUACACAAGACAAGUGUGAACAAAUAGCACAUUCACCAAAGUAAUCGAACUGAAGCCGUGUGAAAUGAACCCAGUGUGAAGACUGCCUAAUUAAUGUUUUGUACGUUCAUCGCUAUUUGAAGUGAACCACCAUUUCCUACAUAAAGAAAACUCUCGUUCUAAGCUACAAAUGUUGCAGUCAAAAUAAUAGGCAGAUGAAAAACUGUUAAUCUUACAAAACUCCACCAAGCAUUAUAUAUAAAGUUCAGAUUCGGUAAUUUUCUAGUCUUCUACGUCAGUCAACCGAGAAUUCUCCGCUUACUGCUUUGAAUCUUUUUCUGUUGAUUGCUUGCUGUAUCAUUUGUCCUCUUCUUUGACCCAAUUGCGCACUCUAUCACUGUCUUUCUCUUUUUGACUCUGUUGCUCAAUGUAUCACUCUUUCUGACCCAAGUGCUCACUGUAGCAGUCUCACUCUAUCUGACCCAAGUGCUCACUGUAGCAGUCUCACUCUAUCUGACCCAAGUGCUCACUGUAGCAUUUGCUAUCUGUGUAACCAAACACCUCACUAUAUAUAUAUAUUUUUUUCUCUACCAAUCACUUAUUUUAUCACUUUCUCUAAAUCUACACGAAACUAUACAUACCAAUGUUAAUGACAUAAUUCAUAGAAUAUUAAAACAGUAUAAUAUAUUUUAAGGUAUACUGUUUGUAGCAACAGUACUUCAUUUCACAAUUUGAAUUUAAAAAUUAUUUUACUUUCAAGAUUUAUUACCAAUGGAAGUUUCGGGUGGGGGAGAGGGACUCCACUUAUUCAUAUGAAUGUGUGAAUUUUGUUAAAUGGCUUUUUUGAUUUCCAUGCUGAUUUCUCC